AUGCAGGUAUCAUCUAAAGACAUUGAUACUAAAGAUAAAAAUGAUGAUGAUAAAAAAGCUACUAAUGCAGUUAGCUUCUUUCAAUUGUUUCGUUAUGCUACACCUUUUGAUAAGCUUAUGAUGUUUUUGGGCAGUAUCUGCGCUUGUGUUGAUGGAGCAGCAGUUCCUUUUCUAGCGAUAAUAAUUGGGAAUGUUCUCCAAUCCUUGAUUGUUUUCACAGUAUUAGUAGCAUUAAAUGAAGUUACCGAUGAAGCUACUGAAGCACUUAAAAAAGACGUCCUAAAACAAACUAUAUAUUUUUUUGCUAUCGGAGGCAUAGUAGUCGUAGCUGCUUAUUUUCAGAUGGCACUUUGGAUGAUUGCAGGAGAAAACCAAGACAAAUUACAAGUCGUAUAUCCUCGGAUGCAGCUUUAUUUCAAGGUUUAUGGAAUUUCCGAAAAGGUUGGACUAGUUAUUCAAAACAUUGCAACCUUUGUCGGAGGAUUUAUAAUUGGAUUUACGAAAGGAUGGAAACUUGCUCUUGUUGUAAGCAGUUCAUUACCAUUAUUAGUUGUUUCUGCUGGCUUGUUUGCCUAUCUUAUUGAAGCUUCAACUAAAAAAGGACAAGAGGUAUACGCGGAAGCAGGAACUGUUGCCGAACAGGUACUUUCUGGCAUUCGAACUGUGACAUCCUUUGGAGGUCAACAACGUGAUAUUGAUCGUUAUAAGCAAAAAUUACAAGGUGCUUAUGUAAUAGGGAAAAAGAAGUCUUUAACUAGUGCAGCGAGUUUCGGCCUUAUAUAUUUCUCUUUUUUUGGGACUUAUGCGUUGGCAUUCUGGUAUGGUGGUGUCUUAAUUUAUCGAGGCGAAAUGGUUGGUGCAUUUUUCCUUGGCUCUACGGGUCCAAGCAUUGCAGCUAUUUCCAGUGCUCGCGGGGCUGCCUACAACCUUUUCAAUAUUAUGGAUCGUGUUUCAGCCAUUGACUCAGGUUCAGAUGCUGGAACAGUUCUUGAUAAAAAAUCUGUUAAGGGACGCUUGGAAUUUAAAAAUAUAGAUUUCUUUUAUCCAUCUCGUCCAGAAGUUCAAAUAUUAAAAAACUUUAAUUUGACAGUUGAAGCUGGAGAAACAGUUGCAUUGGUUGGUAGUUCAGGAUCUGGAAAAUCAACUAUUCCCGUACUUUUUCCAGAAAGUAUUAAACAGAAUGUUGCAUGGGGCUGCAUUUCAGAUGAUAAAGAACCAAGUUUAGAAGAUGUAACUGUGGCAUGCAAAAAAUCAAACGCACACGAAUUUAUUAAAGAUUUACCACAUGGUUAUGAUACAAAUGUUGGGGAUCAAGCUACAUCAGCUCUUGAUACUGAAUCUGAGCGUCUCGUUCAGGAGGCUCUUGAUAAAGCCACAACUUCCACUACGUCAAUAGUAAUUGCACAUCGACUGUCUACUGUCAAAAAUGCAGAUAAAAUUGUAGUGAUGGCAAAAGGUGAAAUUUUGGAAAUUGGAAACCAUGAAGAAUUGAUUGCAAAGAAAGGUGCUUAUUAUGCCUUAGUUCAAGCACAAGAAUUAAAAUUCAAAGAAACUAAAGAGAUAGAAGAAUCCGACAGAAAAGAGAAGAAAUCCUUUUUACGGAGAAUGUCAACAAAAGGUUCAACAUCUGAUGAAAAAGGCAAGAAAUCAAAUAUACGUAGGAUAACCACCAAAGAUUCAGCAGCUGAAAAGAGAACUAAUUUACGUAGAAUGACUACAAAAGAUUCAGUAGCGAGAAGUUUAGAGGAAAUACAAGAAGAAGAAUUCAAAAAAAAAUUAAAACAGCCAUCCCCUUAUUUGAAAAUCCUUAAACUUCAAAAACCGGAAUAUCUAUUGCUUUUCUUUGGUUUGGUUGGCUCUAUUCUCAAUGGUUUAGUUUUCCCAGCAUUUUCAAUUAUAUUUACAAGUGUACUAAAUACAUUUUCUAAAACUAAUGAUCUAGAAGAAUUGCGUAAAGAAUCGAACUUCUGGGCAUUGAUGUUUUUAAUUGUAGCAACAAUUUCUUUUACUACAAAUUUCAUGCAAAGAUUUUUUUUUAGUUUGGCCGGUGAAAAACUCACAAAGCGUCUCAGAACUUUGACAUUUACGGCAUUACUUAAGCAAGAAAUGGGAUAUUUCGAUGAAGAAAGGAAUGCCACCGGUAUUUUAACAUCGAAAUUGGCAUCAGAUGCAUCAAAGGUGGAAGGUUUAACUGGUGCAUCAAUGGGCUCCAUUUUGAAUUCAGUGACUAAUCUUGUGGCUGGUUUGAUCAUUGGAUUUUAUUUUGGUUGGAAAUUAACAUUGGUCGUUCUAGUUGUAAUGCCACUUUUUGUUAUAGCAUCAACACUGCAAUUACAGGCUAUGGCUGGUUUUGGUGAAAAGACACGUGAAGCAUAUGAAGAUAGUGGUGAAAUUGUUCAACAAAGUGUGUCGAAUAUUAGAACAAUCGCUUCUUUAACCCUUGAGAAUACUUUUGUAAAACGAUAUCAAGUUGCAAUCGCAAGUCCUCAUAAAAUUGCCCAAAAAGGAAUUAUGGUAGCAUCUAUAGGUUUUGGAUUUGCUCAAGGAGCUUUGUUUUUCGUCUAUGGUUUAGCAUUUUGGUAUGGAGGACAAUUAGUCGCUAAACAAGAAUAUACAUUUGAUGAAAUGCUGAAAGCAUUUUUCACUAUUUUAUUCGCGGCAAUGGCUCUUGGACAAAUCAGCACCUUUGCACCGGAUGCCGCGAAAGCCAAAGUUUCUGCAAUAUCAAUCCUUGAAAUUCUUGAACGAAAUUCACUUAUUGAUCCCACUCAAAACGAAGGUAAAGAUCGACCAACGCCCGUAACUGGUCAUUCGAAAUUUCAAGAUGUUUAUUUCAAUUACCCAGCUCGUCGAAAUGUAAAAAUUUUACGUGGUUUAAACCUUGACAUUGCACCGGGUAAAAUGGUUGCUCUUGUUGGACCAUCUGGCUCAGGAAAGAGUACUGUAAUUUCCUUGUUGUUAAGAUUUUACGACGUCAAAUCAGGAAGUGUUGAUUUAGAAAAUGUGAAUGUAAAAAAUUGGAAUUUGGAAUAUCUUAGAAAUAACAUGUCAUUCGUUGAACAAGAGCCAACACUAUUUGAUUUGUCUAUAAGGGACAACAUUGCAUAUGGAAAAAGUGGAUGUACACAGGAAGAAAUCGAAACUGCAGCAAAAAAUGCAAAUAUUCAUAACUUCAUUGUAGGUUUACCUCAAGGAUAUGACACUCCUGUUGGUCAAAAAGGCGCGCAAUUAAGUGGCGGGCAAAAACAGCGAAUUGCAAUUGCUCGUUCUUUAAUCCGAAAUCCUAAACUUUUGUUACUCGAUGAGGCAACCUCUGCUUUGGAUUCUGAAUCUGAAAAAUUAGUCCAAGAAGCAAUUGAUAAAGCAAGUAAAAAUUCCACGACGAUUGUAAUUGCCCACAGAUUAUCGACAAUUCAAAAUGCAGAUUUGAUUUUAGUUGUGAAUAAAGGUAAAAUUGUUGAAAAAGGAUCUCAUUUUGAGUUAGUCGCUCAGCGUGGAUUAUAUUUUGAAUUAGUAAAUAACCAAACGAUCAUUAUUGACGAUUCAGAAACUAAAGAUUCUUUGAAAAAAGAAGAAAAUGAGAUUGAAUAUCUUAUUGAGGUCGAAUUUGAAUACAGUGACGAUUCCGAUGAUUGCACCAGUGAUUCUGAAUGGAAGUCAUUUAUGUCCUCCUCUUCUCAUAAAGGAUGGAUGAGAAAUCGUCCUAAAUUUGAAGAUUCACCUUAUUAUCUUCCUCAAUUUGAAGACGAUGAGGAUUAUAUUUAUAAAUACGUUCAAGAUGGAAAUUAUGUUGCUCCAGUAAAGAAUAUGACGAGAUGCCUCGAGUUAGGUGGUAACCCUGAGUGUGAAUUCUUUGGUAUAGAUUUGCAACCUAACUCACCUGAAGAUACUUAUCCGUUUAAUUGUAAUUUUGAGAUUGGAGAUUUUUUGAAAGGAAUUCCGUAUCCGGAUGAAUAUUUUGAUUUUGUGUAUGCGAAGAUGACCAUUUUAUUUGUUCAACCGGAAAAAUAUGAAGAACUUUUUAAAGAAAUAUUCAGAGUACUUAAGAAAGGAGGUUGGGUUGAAUUCUUGGAAUCCGAUCAAGUUCAUCAUCAUAAAGGACCUCUCCAAGUUCGAUUUGAAGCAGUUUGGCAAAAAGUUCAAAAUGAUAAUGGAAAUUAUCCCUUGAUGAUUCGUACCAUUCCCAAGAAGUUUCAAGAAAUCGGUUUUAUUAAUGUCAAAGAAGAAAAUUAUAACAUUUCUUUAGGUGAUCAUGGUGGAGAGCUUGGAAAAAACAUGAUGCUUAAUUGGAAACUUUGGACUAUAUUGACAGCUGAUUUUAUUAAAGAAAAGUUUGGAUUCUCGAACAAAGAGGAAUACACAGAAUUUAUUGAAAAAAUUUGCAUAGAAAUGAAUAAAUUCAAAACAUAUUGCAUCAUAACAGAUUACCAUGCUCAAAAGCCUGAAUAA